AUGGAGGACAGUAAAAAGAAAGGAUUAAUAGAAGGCGCUAUACUCGAUAUAAUAAACGGUUCCAUUGCAGGCGCCUGUGGUAAGGUGAUCGAGUUUCCUUUCGAUACUGUGAAAGUCAGGUUGCAAACACAAGCAUCCAACGUGUUCCCAACAACAUGGUCUUGUAUAAAAUUUACUUACCAAAAUGAAGGAAUAGCACGAGGGUUUUUUCAAGGCAUUGCUUCACCUUUAGUUGGAGCAUGUCUGGAGAACGCGACAUUAUUUGUGUCUUAUAACCAAUGUUCUAAAUUUUUAGAAAAACAUACAAACGUUUCCCCGUUGGGGCAAAUCCUGAUCUCUGGUGGAGUAGCGGGUUCAUGUGCUAGUUUAGUUUUGACACCCGUGGAGCUGGUGAAGUGUAAGUUGCAGGUUGCGAACUUACAAGUUGCAUCAGCUAAAACGAAACAUACAAAGGUGUUGCCUACAAUAAAAGCAAUUAUAACUGAGAGAGGAUUGGCAGGAUUGUGGCAAGGGCAAUCGGGCACUUUUAUUCGAGAAAGCUUCGGUGGUGUUGCCUGGUUUGCAACCUACGAAAUAGUUAAGAAGUCGUUGAAAGAUAGGCACUCCCUUGAUGACCCAAAAAGAGAUGAAAGUAAGAUAUGGGAACUACUUAUUAGUGGAGGGAGCGCUGGAUUGGCAUUCAACGCCAGUAUUUUUCCUGCGGAUACUGUGAAAUCAGUAAUGCAAACUGAACAUAUAAGCCUCACCAAUGCGGUGAAGAAGAUAUUUGGCAAAUUUGGACUAAAGGGUUUUUAUCGAGGACUGGGUAUAACCCUUUUUAGGGCAGUACCAGCAAACGCUGCAGUUUUUUACAUCUUUGAGACUCUUUCUGCACUUUAA